GAAACGUCACAUCGGAAAACAAACGGAAAGAUCAAAAUCACUGUUGUGCGUCUCUGUUUGGUCCAUUGAAGUAAGGUUCUUUUGGUAAAAAGACUUGCUUUGAAUCAAAUGACAAAUUCUCUAGGACACGAAUAAAUUGUUUUAUUUCAGAAUAACAAUGAAAAUUUUGGGGCAUAUGUUUACAAUUUUCACACUAGUGUUAAUUUUGACACACAAAUCGAUUGCUCAAAAUAUCAGCAGUGUUUCAGUUGAGGCAAAUUUCUUGAGAAAAAUAGUCUGCGACUUUGACAGUCUUUCUUAUUACAAAGGACAUUUUACACCGGACCUCAUCGAUCCCUUCCUUUGCACUCACAUCAACUAUGACUUCGCUAUAUUAAACCAGAACACUUAUCAGAUUGAUUACGGUGAUCAAAAUGUAGAUAUUCAACAAAAUUACUACGAAAAAGUAACAUCGCUGAAAAGCAACAACACAAAUUUAAAGAUCCUUCUUUCUAUUGGUGGCUGGAAUGACAGUGCCUCAAGCAAAUACUCAGCUUUAGUAGCAGAUGAGAACAAGAGGUCUAAUUUCAUCAGUACAGUCAUUCCAUUCUUGAAGAAUCACAACUUCGAUGGUCUUAAUGUUGCAUGGGAGUACCCGAAUUGUUGGCAAGGCAACUGUGGCGUAAAUCCUAAUGAUACAGAAAACUUUGUUACAUUAUUAACGGAAUUAGCAGAUGCUUUUGAUAAUGAGAAUCUUCUGCUGACAGCUAGCGUUUCAGGUAUCGCUGAAGAAAUUGAUGCAGCGUAUGAUGUUGCUGCCAUAACUAACCUGGUGGAGCAUCUGAAUGUGAUGACAUAUGAUUUCCAUGGUAGUUGGGAAAAAAGAACUGGACAUCACGCUCAGUUUUAUCAGAGUCCAAGAGAUUUAAAUCCCUCACUUAAUUUUGAUUCAGCUGUGAACCACUGGUUAAAUUUAGGUGCUAACAGCUCAAAGUUAGUCUUGGGGAUUCCAUCUUAUGGAAGGAGCUACACGUUGGCUGAUAAAAAGAUUAACGGUUUUAAUGCUCCUGCUCUUGGUCCAGGUAAACCGGGACUAGAGACGAAAGAAGGUGGCAUAAUUGGCUUUUUUGAGAUAUGCCAAGAUGAUUCAUGGAUUCUUUUCCCGAACGAUUUAAUUGGAAGUUAUUCCGUCAAAGGCGACCAGUGGGUGAGUUACGACACUCCGAAAAUGGCUGUGUUGAAAUCGAGAUAUAUUCGUGAUUCUGGUCUCGGCGGUGCAGCGUAUAGGUUCUUCUAUACAGAUGAUUAUCAAGGUAAAUGCUUUGGAAUGAGCUUCCCGAUAUUAAGAAGUAUUCAGUAUGGUUUAGGAGAUGAUGAUGAAAAAGAUUUUGAAACCAGUGAAGAUGAUACUAAGAAUUUCUUAGGCAAAAUGCAAUUGGCUAUUCUUAUUGACGAGAAUCGAAGCGUGGUGAGCAGGGAAGAAAAUAAAUAUGACGGUGUAUCUGAUUCGGAUAUCAAUUUGAAACUAACGGAGACUGUAAGAACAGACAGUGGACAAGAGGAGGUGAAAGAAUUGAAAGUAAAUGCCGGAACUCUGAAUUUCGCUUUCGCUGCACAAACAAUCCCAUGAGCUAUACUGCAACGUUCAUUUAGUGCGCGGUGUAAUGCUCUCCAUUCUGAAAAGAAAUAUAUAAAAUUUCAUGAAAAUAUUUUUCAAAAUAUCAUAAAUUCUUCACCAAAAAACAGUGUGUCUGCUAUAACGAAUUAUUUCGACCUAAUAAAUUCAAAUGAAUGGGAAUAGUUUAGAACAGCAAUUGCUGAGAGUAAAAACAAAUUGUGAGCUUUUAUUUAGUUUAUUCAUUGUGGUGGGUAGGUAGCGGAAUUUUGUCCACAAUUUUUAACCUACCUCCUGAUAAACUAUCGAGUUCAAAUUUUGUACACAUACUGUUUGUCGAUUAGAAUGUAAUGUGGCGGUUUAUUCAAAGUUUGAUUUAGGUUUUUUUUAUUUAAUGUUUAAAAAUACUUUUCAGUGAAGUUUGUAUGAAAAUUGUAACUUAAUUUCUGAACUUUUGGCAAAUUUUUAAAAAUCACUCGAUUUAUCAUACUAUUAGAAGGUUUAUGAUUUUAAAAUUUCAACAACUUAAAAUGCAUCGGAUAUAAAGUUUUGAAAUUGUCACAAAUUGCACAACUAACUUUUCUUCCUCUUUUAAAGCAUCGGAAGAUAAAAAAAUAUUAAUUGAGUGAUUUUCUAUAAAUUUUUGAGAAAAAUGUUACGGUCUGAAGUAGACGGGUAAAAAAAGGGUUUUCGAGGAAAAAUUGCUUUUGAGUUUCCCAUCUUAGUGCACUUAAUAAUGAACUGACGAUAUUCGUUUUUUCAUUUUAGCUUCGAGUAAAAUGCUCGCAACACUCUGUUAUUACAUCCAAUUCUUAAAACUGAAUAUUCAGCCCGAUUUCUUCACGACGUUCACUCAUUUUCAUUUCAUAAUUUCCAUAUAUAUUACACGGACAUUUUGCUUGUAUUAUUAAAUGCUUUAAUUCUGACUGAAAAGUUUAUCAUUGAUAAUAUGAUACGGAGACUAAAAAACAGAAAAUAAAAUUCAAUUAAAAGGAAGGUUUUUAUGCAAUAAACUUUAACUUAAAAUGGAUGUGAUAAUAAAUGUUCAAUAAAAAGAAAAAUAAUGUA